AUGAAUAAAGUAAAAUAUGUGUCCCUGUUAUGGAGACACAAGGCGGUACUUAACACGACAGGGCGUAGACGGUAUCAUCCUCACGUUGGGACUUUGGAAAAGAAAUUUUACUCAACUGGGAAAGAUACGAAUAUUGUUAAGCACGUAAAGUGCCACAGAUGCCACAGUGACAUCAGUCUUGACGUCGUCCCUCUCAGUUGUCAAACCUGCAGCGCGCUGCUUCACGUGGAUUCAUUCAAACAGUUUAGCUUCUUUGAGCUUUUUGGCCUACCAACCACCUACAACAUAGACAAAGGACACUUAAGAAAAAAAUUCAACGACAUACAAAAGUUGUAUCACCCAGACAAGCAUGCGCAAAAUGAGCAGCUUGCACAGAUAAACGAAGUCUCAAGCUACCUGAACAGUGCAUACAAAACUUUGCAAAAUGACGUGGACCGAGCGGUCUACCUCUUGAGAAUCCAGUACAACUACAAGAUCCCGGAGGAAGAGAACCUGGAGGACAGCGAGUUCCUGGCCGAAAUUGUCCAGGUGAACGAACAGAUCGGAGACCCCGAAGCCAAUAUUACCCUGAUGACCAAGGAGUACAAGUAUAAGUACGAGGAUCACGUGGAAAAAAUUAAACUCCAUUUUGACAAAGGGGAUUUUGAGCAUAUCUUGAAGGCCCUAAAAAAAUUGAAGUUCAUAAAUAGAAUACUGGACCGUCUUCAAAACGUUUGA